UUGUUCAUUUGGCAUCCAGGGUUUGCUGUGGGCCCCGUUGCAGUGUUGGCAGUGAACUAAUCUGCUUGGCUUUGCACCUAGACUCGACGCCCCAGCAUGGCAACACUUUGCUUCCAAUGCCAUCCAGUUUUCACAAGCGGUGAAGAAAGGCCCUACCUUGGCCGUGGGUGCGACAGCCUUUUUUCUGCAGACCUCACCCUCCGCCUCCCGACAGCCCUUUCUCCCACUGCUGCAGAGGAGAUGUGAAUGCGCUUGGAAGGAGUGGGGUAUAUAACUACGAGCGGAAAUCCCCCCCGGCAGAAGUGGUGGGGGCGCCAACGUCUGCAGACGGCUCAGCGUGGCGGCAGCAUGAAGGCAGAUGGGCAAUUGCUUUUCCUGGUGCUGCUGUUCCUCCCCAUUGGGAAGGCUGCAGGCCAGCUCCAGUCUUCGAUCAUUGGAGGACGCGAAGCGUUGCCUCACUCCAGGCCCUACAUGGUGUCUAUCCACAUAGGAGGCAUUCCCACCUGCGGGGGAGUCCUAGUCCACGCGCGCUGGGUGCUGACGGCUGCGCACUGCAACGCCGACCUGAUUAAGGGUCCCAUCAGGGUGAUGGUGGGUCUCCAUUGGCAGCCCAGGAGAAAUGCCCGAGUGCAGGUCUUCACUGUCGCAAAGUUUGUCCCGCAUCCUUCCUACAACCGCACAACUAUGGCAAAUGACAUCAUGCUGCUCAAGCUGGACAGAAAGGUGGUUUGGAACAAGGAGACGAGCCUUCUCCCGCUGUCCAAGAGGAAUCCGACCCCGGGGACCCCGUGCAGCGUGGCUGGCUGGGGGAGGUUCAGAGAGGGAAGCAAAUAUUCCCCCGUCCUGCGUGAACUCGAUGUCAAGGUGAUGGACAUCAGGAUGUGCAACAACAGCCGGUACUGGCAUGGCGAGGUCACCAGCACCAUGAUGUGCAUCGAAGGGAUCGAGAAAGGCUCUGCCCCUUGCAAGGGUGAUUCCGGGGGCCCUGUGGUGUGUGGAAAGAAAGCGGAGGUAGCCGGCGUGAUGUCCUUCAUAGGCAAAAGCUGCGUCGAUGUGUUCAAACCGCCCGUGGCAACGGCUGUCUUUAAAUACAAGACGUGGAUCAAAAAAUAUCUACGCUGGGGCUGAGACCUGUGACUGCAGCAUCAUCUGUAAGCUUGCCUGUCUGUCCCCUCUGCCGUGUAUUGACCCCUCCUCGCUUCCCUCUGCUGCCCAGCUUAGAGAUCAGCUCACUCACCCAGCCACGUGUGCCUCAUCCAUCCGUCCGGGCACUGUUGGUGCAAACCCCCGCCCCCCACCUCCCUUGCCUACCUGUUCUCUUACAGAGGCUUCAGCUCUGUCCUUCUCUCUCUCAGGAAACUGUUCGCCUGCGUCACGCUUCCUGCUGCUGAUUUGAAAUAAAAGUGAAACCUCACCUGGUC